AUGCAGGUGGACAUGGAAAGACAAAACAUGAGUUUCCCCACUACAUUUGUCUUGUUGGGAUUCUCAGAUCAUCCAUGGCUGGAGAUCCCCCUCUUUGGAGUGGUCUUGGUCUCCUUCAUCUUUACCCUGAUGGGAAACAGCUCCAUCAUCAUUCUCUCCCUAGCAGAGCCCAUACUCCAGACACCCAUGUACUUCUUCCUGGACAACCUCUCUGUGUUGGACCUCUGUGUCACCUGCACCACUGUCCCACAGCUGCUGGCCAACCUCUGUGGCACAGAGAGUGAAAUUGUUGCUUGGGGUUGCAUCACACAGGUCUAUAUUUUCACCUGGACAGGCUGCACUGAAUGUGCCUUGCUGGCAGUGAUGGCCUUUGAUCGCUAUGUGGCCAUCUGCUGUCCCCUUCAGUAUAUUCUCAUCAUGCAUCUCUGGACAUGUGUAUGGCUGGCAGCUGCAUGCUGGGCCAGUGGCCUGGCCAAUUCUCUGCUCCAAGCCACACUCACACUUCAGCUGCCUCUCUGUGGAAAAAACACACUAGACCACUUCUUCUGUGAGAUACCUGCUCUAAUGAAGCUGGCAUGUGGUGAUACCGCUGUUAGUGACCUGUCCUUGGCACUGGGAUCUAUCCCUUUUGGAAUAGUGGCUCCUUUGAUUGUUCUUCUCUCCUAUAGUUUCAUUGCUAGGGCUCUUCUGAAGUUACCUUCAGCUGAGGGAAGGCGCAAGGCAUUCAACACAUGCAGCUCUCAUUUGUUGGUCGUUGCCUUGUUCUAUGGCCCAUCCAUCUACAUGUACCUCCAACCUCAAAUCAACAACACUCAGGCAAAAUCCAUGUCCUUCUUCUACUGUGUUAUCACACCAGUGCUCAAUCCUCUUAUCUACACCAUGAGAAACAAAGAUGUGAAAGCAGCGUGGAGGAGGAUUUUACCAGCCCAAGGUUAG